AUGGGAUCCCUAUCAGCACUCGGCCUUGCUUAUGCUACUUUUGGAUAAGAGCCAUGGGAUCUUGACUUUUUGGUUUACAAUCUCGAUGAUAUAAAGAAAUAGCUUGAUAGCUAUACUAUACUAUAAGAUGCUGUUUCCUUGGGAAUAUAUAUUAAUACUAAUAAUUUCGACUGCUAAUUACUAUAUUAAAAGUCGAGCGAGAAUAUUCUUAAUGCUUUUGACAGUCUAUAUGAAAUGAUUAAGUAUCAGACAAUUGGAUAUUACCCAUUGCUAAAAGAUAAUUUCCUAUAAAGUUGCAAUAAUCCUGAAUUAUUAACCGAAAGUGCUUCAAAACACUUGCUUGAGAUAAUGUUAGGGUAAACUAAUCUAUUGGAAAAGAAAGUCAUCUGCAAACUGCCUCAAAUAUUUUAUGACAAUGACUUGAUGGGUCUUUACAAAGGCUGGAGAAAUCCCCUCAUGAUGACCAAUGGUUACACAAUGCAGCUGGCUACUUUAGGUGUCAGCCUAUCUUCAGCCUGCUAAAUUCUUGCAAGUAAUGAUUACUCCAAGCAUUAAGAAGUCUAGGAUAGGUUCAAAGAUCAGAUGGAGUAAUCUUUCAACAGUAUUAUUGACAUGUAUACUCUUGCAUUGAAUCAAACUAUGAUUAAUGCUAAAAACAACAUCAAGAUAGAGAUGAAGAAUCAGUUCAAAAAACCAUUAGAUUAACUAGGAGAGAAUAUUUAUUCAACUCUGGAGGAAUAAUUUUCUAACAAGAUGUGGAUGGUAACAAGCUAUAGUUCAUCAGGAGCAGAUAUUCCCAUUACCUUCAAUUGCACUGACUGCUUUAAUAUUUAUGAUUCAAAUCAGAAAUAAGGAGUAUUUGUAGCAGCCUUUGAUACAAACAGCUAGAUAAAUCCAUAGUUAAAUAACAAAGACUGGAAUAGUGAAUUGAAAAAGUCUAAGAGCAUCUCAGAAUUCGUGUCUAAUUCAUACAAAAACAACUGUAUUUUUGGAAUGAUUGCUAUUGACCCAACUGCAAGCAGCUACACUGCUGGGCCUUCUGAUUUAGCCUUUGUUAGAUCAAUUGAUAACGAGGGCACCAAUCUGUAAAAAUUAAAAGUGUGGACUGUUAAAGACAGAUGCCCUCACAAUGAAAAAUGA